CCCGCCCUUGCUAGCAGGCGCCUCUCGCCCCCUGCAUUGCUGAUGCUGCUGCUGGCAGACAUGGACGUGGUGAAUCAGCUGGUGGCCGGAGGUCAGUUCCGGGUGGUCAAGGAGCCCCUCGGCUUUGUGAAGGUGCUGCAAUGGGUCUUUGCCAUCUUCGCCUUUGCCACAUGCGGCAGCUACAGUGGGGAGCUCCGGCUGAGCGUGGAGUGUGCCAACAAGACGGAGAGUGACCUCAGCAUCGAGGUUGAAUUUGAGUACCCCUUCAGGCUGCACCAAGUGUACUUCGAUGCACCCACCUGCCGAGGAGGCACCACCAAGAUCUUCCUCGUGGGAGACUACUCAUCAUCGGCUGAAUUCUUCGUCACCGUGGCCGUGUUUGCCUUCCUCUAUUCCAUGGGGGCUCUGGCCACCUACAUCUUCCUACAGAACAAGUACCGAGAGAACAACAAAGGGCCCAUGCUGGACUUUCUGGCCACAGCAGUGUUCGCCUUCAUGUGGUUAGUGAGCUCAUCGGCGUGGGCCAAGGGUCUGUCAGAUGUGAAGAUGGCCACGGACCCAGAGAACAUCAUCAAGGAGAUGUCCAUGUGCCGCCAGACAGGGAACACGUGCAAGGAGCUGAGAGACCCUGUGACCUCGGGGCUCAACACCUCGGUGGUGUUCGGCUUCUUGAACCUGGUGCUCUGGGUCGGCAACCUGUGGUUCGUGUUCAAGGAGACAGGCUGGGCCGCUCCAUUCCUGCGCGCGCCUCCCGGCGCCCCUGAGAAGCAACCCGCACCCGGGGAUGCCUAUGGCGAUGCGGGCUACGGGCAGGGCCCCGGCGGGUACGGGCCCCAGGACUCCUAUGGGCCUCAGGGCGGAUACCAACCCGACUACGGGCAGCCAGCCGGCGGCGGUGGCGGUGGCUACGGGCCUCAGGGCGAUUAUGGGCAGCAAGGCUACGGGCCACAGGGUGCGCCCACCUCUUUCUCCAAUCAGAUGUAAUCUGGUCAGUGCAGCCCGGGAGGACCCCAUGGGUGGGCAAGAGCUCAGGAGAAGGCCUGCCCCCCUUCCCAACCCUACACCCUAGGUCUCCAGCCCUCACACCAGGAGACCCUGUCGUUGCUGUUUAUAUAUAUAUAUAUUAUAUAUAUUAUAUAUAAAUAUCUAUUUAUCUGUCUGAGCUCUGCCCUCACCCACUGCCCUCAUGCACUAAGGGCCCAGUCUUGAGUGGCCCCAUUUCUUACCCCUGCCCCUGCAUCCUCUGGCCCCUCUCUGUUCCCCCAGCCCUGUCUCCUGAGGCUUGGGGGCUCUGAAGGGGGGACAGGGAGGGACCAGACCUCGGCUGUGUGGGGAGGGCGGACAUGGCUUCAGACUCUCCCCCUCUCUCCUUCCCCUCCUUCCAACUCUGGCCUUGGUUCCUCCAGCAAUGACUGAACAGAGGCCAUUAGGGGAAAUUCAACCCAAGGGUAACUGGGGGGGAGGGGCUUGAGACGGAGCAGACAGUUUAGGACCCAAGGUGGUCUUGGAGGGGAGCUCUGGAGUGGAGGGGACUAGUCAGCAAGGGAGUUGGGUUCCAGACAUACUGGACCUGGAGUGUAAAGACAUUCUGGUGGGCUUGGAAGGACACGGAGGGUGUGAUUCUGGAGAGGGCAGGACUAGAAGUAGGGCAGAGGGUGGGCUCCAGAGUGGACGUCGUUUCCCAGUAGGACAGAGAUGUGACUUGGGGUGUGGGGACAAGGUUUGGAAGACCGCUAAGGGCCUGGUUCAAGGAGCCAGGCUUGAAGCAGGCAGUGGAGAGGCUCCAGGGUGAGCAGGUCUUGGAUUGGGACCAGAGUCGAUGGAAGGGGCGUGGCUUGGAACAUUCAGGCGACUGAGCUUGAAGUGAGAUUUAGGAAUGGGCCCAAGCUUGGGGUGAGGGCUUGGUCAGGAUUCCAGAUGGGGCAGGGCUUAUAGUGGGGCAUGCGUGGUGGCUUUAAAAGGGGUCAGCCCCGCCCCAACGGGGCAUGAAGGAAACCUCUUAAAGGGACCGGUUUGGGCAGUGGGGCGGGGGUGGGGGGGACAUGGUUAGGAGCUGCGGAAUGAGUUUGUUAGGGACUUCGGAGAAUGCCCCUGGCUGAGGUCGGGGAUGGUUUGGAGACCGCGGGGUGAGACCCAGAGAAAAGCACCCCCACCCCCUUGCCGAGACAGCUAGGUAAUCAGAGGACAGAGCCAGUGGG